AUGUUGGAACGCAAAAGGCUUACCUCGGGUCUCACGGUCACGUCCAAAGUCUUUGUGAGGUCCCGCAAUGGAGGUGCUACCAAGAUAGUUCGCGAACACUAUCUUCGUGACGAUAUUCCUUGUUAUUCGACGCUUUGUGAAAUUUGUCAUGAACACUUGAAACCCGAUGCCGCAGGUUUGUUGCCCCAAUUUGUGCUUUCAAGCACACCCCAGAAGCUCACAAGCGGUGAAAUGCACUAUGUGGUUGUGGACACCAACAUCAUGCUUCAUGCUGUGGAUAUGUUGGAAAAUACUGCCUGUUUUUACGAUGUCAUUAUUCCCCAAACAGCCUUGGAUGAAGUUAAAGCAAGGUCUUUUCCUAUCUACCAGCGAAUCCGGGCCCUUGUCAAGGGCAGUGACAAGCGGUUUGUGGUAUUCCAUAACGAGUUUCAUGAAUCUACCUAUAUCAACCGAGGAAAGCUGGAGACCAUCAACGACAGAAAUGAUCGUGCCAUCAGGAAAACUGCCAAAUGGUACCAAGACCACCUUCCCAGUGUAAAGAUUAUAUUUUUGUGCAACGAUAAGGAUAAUAGAACCAAAGCUAUUGCCGACGGAUUGGAAUCAUAUUCGUUGUCACAAUACAUUGACUGCUUGCCAAACGCUGACGAUUUAAGAGAUUUGGUGCCCCAAGAAAAUGUAUCUUUUUCAGGCGACCGUCCAGAAAUAAGUUUCCCUGAGUACUAUUCAAACUCUCGAAUCAUGGGUGGAAUCAAGAACGGAACUCUUUACCAGGGUAUUAUCAACAUUUCGCCGUAUAACAUAUUACAAGGUAGCGUGCUGGUACCUGCCUUCAAAAAACCACUUUUAAUAAUUGGCUCCAAGAACUUGAACAGGGCAUUUCACAGCGACUCGGUGAUUGUGGAGUUGUUGCCCAAGGAUAAAUGGCGGGAACCAUCGUCAACUAUUGUCGAAGAGAGCGCCGUUGCUCAGAAUGAUAAUCCAGACGAAGACGAUGAUAUAAAUGGAUCAGAGCCUAAGGGGGUCAUUUCCGAUAACGAACGCCGACUCUUGGCACAAGAAGCUCUUCAUGUCACCAGUGAGUCCAAAAAACAGCAGCUGAGACUUCAACCCACCGCAAAAGUGGUGGGAAUUUCUCGGAGAUCUUGGCGGUACUAUGUUGGUCAAGUCGACCCACUGUCUGUUUCUGAGAGCGGGAACGCUUCCAAGACAUGUUUUGUUGUUUUGAUGGACAAAGUUUUGCCUAAAAUCAGAAUACGGACGAGAAAAGCUACUGAUUUAUUGGGUAAGAGAAUCGUGGUGGUGGUUGAUUCGUGGCCCUCGACUUCAAAACACCCUCAAGGCCACUUUGUCAGAAGCUUGGGUGACGUGGAAAGUGCCGAGGCAGAAACUGAAGCGUUAUUAUUAGAGCAUGAUGUGGAAUAUCGUCCUUUCUCAAAGAAUGUGUUGGACUGUCUUCCCAAGGAGGGAGCCAACUGGAAGGUUCCUGAAACUUUGAACAUGGCUGAUGGACAAUUGGCUCAACGGAAAGACCUUCGUGAUAAGCUAGUUUGUUCUAUCGACCCUCCAGGAUGUGUGGAUAUCGAUGAUGCACUUCAUGCUCGAAAACUUCCAAAUGGAAAUUAUGAAGUUGGUGUACAUAUUGCCGAUGUGACUCACUUUGUGAAACCCAACACUGCUCUUGACCAAGAAGGUGCUUCCAGAGGUACGUCGGUAUACUUGGUGGACAAGAGAAUUGACAUGUUGCCUAUGCUUUUGGGAACGAAUUUGUGUUCUCUUAAACCAUAUGUGGAUCGAUUUGCUUUCUCGGUGAUUUGGGAACUUGAUCAAAAUGCCGAAAUUGUCAAUGUUGACUACAUGAAAUCCAUAAUCAAGUCUAGAGAGGCAUUUUCGUAUGAGCAAGCCCAGCUUCGAAUUGACGAUAAAUCUCAAAAUGAUGAACUUACCCAGUCCAUGAGAAUCUUACUCAAGCUUUCCAAGAAAUUGAAACAGAAACGUUUGGAUGCUGGUGCCCUAAACUUGGCAUCUCCUGAAGUCAAGGUCCAUAUGGAUAGUGAGACCUCAGACCCCGGAGAGGUUGAAAUUAAAAAGCUUCUCGAGACAAAUUCGUUGGUUGAAGAGUUUAUGUUGUUCGCCAAUAUCUCGGUCGCCAGAAAGAUAUACGAUGCCUAUCCACAAACGGCCAUGUUACGUCGCCACGCCCCUCCGCCAGCUACAAAUUUCGAAGCUUUAAAUGAAAUGUUGAGAGUCCGUAAGAAGGGUAUGUCUAUUUCGCUUGAAUCGUCGAAAGCUUUAGCCGAUUCGCUCGACAGAUGUGAAGAUCCCAAUGACCCAUACUUCAACACAUUGUUGCGUAUAAUGUCUACCAGGUGUAUGAUGGCUGCCGAAUACUUUCCUUCCGGUUCUUAUGGGUACCCAGAGUUCAGACAUUAUGGUUUGGCAGUUGAUAUCUACACCCAUUUUACUUCACCAAUUAGAAGAUACUGCGAUGUGGUUGCACACAGACAGUUAGCCGGUGCCAUUGGCUACGAAAACUUGGACUUGAGUCAUCGGGACAAAACCAAGAUGGAACUUAUUGUCAAGAAUAUCAACAGGCGGCACCGCAAUGCCCAGUUUGCAGGAAGAGCCAGUAUUGAAUAUUAUGUUGGCCAGGUUAUGAGAAACAACGAGUCUGUUCAUGAAGGAUAUGUCAUCAAGUGUUUCAAUAAUGGAAUUGUUGUCCUUGUGCCCAAGUUUGGCGUCGAGGGACUCAUCAAGUUGGACUUGUUGGGAAAGGUCGACAGUGCCGUUUAUGACGAAGACAAGUUUGAGUUGACAUUUGAGGACCAUUCUGGAAAAAAGAGAGUGGUGGGGGUGUUUGAUAAAGUGGAGGUAGACGUCAAGUCUGUCAAGGAUGAGGUUACGGGAAAGAGAAAGGCACAGUUACUACUUAAGAAGUAG